UGAGAUGUAUCACGGUCGCAGGAAGUCCAAGAAGCAGCUCUUUGCAGCUCGGCAUCUUUCACUGAAGAUCCCCACAUACUGAAUGAUGGCCUCCAAGGACACAGAAAGAAAGGAUGAGCACAGCUCCAGCGAUGUCCAAGUGGCUGAGCGACGGCGAGGUGCUAGAAGGUACAGGGAGUGGCGAGGCGGUACCCGUAAGCCCGCGACCUCAGGUUCUGCCAGCAGGGAGCCCAAAGUUAGGCAGGGGUCAUAGCCCACUGGGUUCGCCCACCGCUAGAAAGGCAUCAGCAGCUUCAAGCCCGCAGGCAGAGACCAUGGGCAAGGCAAAGGAGCUGUUUGUGCUGUGCGACAAAGAGGGGAAGGGCUUCAUCACCAAGCGUGACAUGCAGAGGCUGCAGAUGGAGUUGCCUCUUUCGCCUGAACAGCUGGAGACAGUGUUUGAGAGUCUAGACCGCCGAAGCAAUGGUUUCCUUACUCCACUGGAAUUCAGCACCGGACUCGGUGAACUGAUGGAGCAGAAUGACUCGACAGGGCAAAGCCAAGACCUUACAGACAAGGAAAGAGAACAGGUCGACUGGUCUGAGAAUUCUGCUGCAAUUACACUCACUCACCUACUAAAUGAACUUGGCGCAGACAAACUUUUUGACAGUCAGCAGGAGCUCUGUUCUCUGUGGUGUGAGCUCCAGAGAGAGCGUCCAGAGCUGCUGUGUCUCCUGGAAGGCAUCCUGCUCCAUGCCUUGACCCAUUUACAAGACUCCAUCAGAGAGCGAGACAGUCUUGAACAGGCUUUGCGCAGACGGGAGACUGAACAUGAUCAAGUUGUUCGGUCCAUCUAUGAAGAAAUGGAAAACCAGCUCCAUGAGGAACAAGAGAAGCGCCUUGCUCAGGAUAGUGUCAAACAGAAGCAAAAAGGCUUACAGCUUGAAGAAGAGUUGAAGAUGCGGGACCAAGAAUUGGAGAUGACGCUCAGCAGACAGAAAGAGCUGGACACCAGAAUGCAGCUGCUUAUCUGUGAGCAAGUAAGCAUGAAGGAGAAGAACCACCAGCUGCGUAGCCUCAACAUGCAGCUCCAGGAGCAGGCGGAGAGCAGCAAAGAUCAGCUUCAGGCUGCUUUGGGUCAGCUGGCCCAGCUGCAGCUCAGCGCUGCCAAGGAGCAAGUGGCCAGACAACAAAAUGUGAUAAAGGUGUCAAGAAACAUGCAAAAAGAGAAGGAAAGUCUCUUCAGACAACUAGAGCUGUUAAGGGACAUGAACAAAAACCUUCGGGACGAGAAAGAUGCCCAACUGACAAAGAAGAGGAAUCUGAAUAUGGCGCAGAGUUUGCUGAAAAGAGGGUCAGUCAUAGGGCAGUACAUUCUCCAAGACAAGCCAUUGCAAAGACGCCCGAUCUCAUGUGAUGAGUUGGAGCUUGUCAAAGAGAAAAAAGCAGUCAAAUCAAACACAUCUCAGAGUUGCCAUCCGUCAUGUAAAGUCAGGUGUGACUGUGAGAGCAUUGGACAGAACAGACUCGUGAGUCCUCAGCAGGUGUUCAAGGUGGUCUUCUUGGGUAGCACAGGGGUGGGUAAGAGCUCCUUCAUCCAGCACUACUGCACAGGACAUUUCUGCAGUCCUUUGAGCACUACUGUUGGGAUAGACUUCCAGAUGAGGACGCUCAUUCUGGGCUCCACCUCCAUCACCCUCCAGCUAUGGGACACUGCAGGCCAGGAGAGGUUUCGCUGCAUCACGGAGCAGUAUUACCGCAAGGCUGAUGGCGUUCUGGUUGUGUAUGAUGUCACUCAGGCGGCCUCCUUCACCGCUGUGAGAGGGUGGAUGGAAUCAGUGGAGGAGAAAAUGUGCGACGGCGCUGUGCUGAUGAUGCUGGGGAACAAGGUUGACCUGGCGGACGUUUCGGAAAAUAGAAAAGUGAUGACUAGAGAUGGGCAGAAGUUGGCACAACAGCAGCACCAAGCUUUGUUUUACGAGUGCAGUGCUAAAACUGGAUAUAAUAUGGAGGAGCUGAUGACUCACCUGGCUCAGAUGUUGGUUGCCCAGAUUGAUCGACAACGUGAAGACACACUUUCCCUGGCACAGUGUGCCGCACGAAGAGGUUGCUGUGCAUGAUCAGCGGACGUUUUUAAGAAGGGCACACUUUGUUGCCCUUGCAGUUCGUUAGUUGGGACAGUUCUGAGUUAAAAGUUAAAAUUACACUUGCACACCCGGACAGUGAAGUCCAGAGAUUAACAACACGCACACAUUGUGUAAUGUUCUGUUUGCUCAAAGGCGAGUUUACUGUAAAGCUCUCUGUACACUGAUUCGGUUAAAUAUAGUUGGGUUUACCCUUCUUGUCAUAGUCUAUUUCCUGACUGCUUCCUCCCAGUCACACUCACAUUUUGGCCACCUGAAGCCCUCCAGUGUGUGAGAGAGGCCAGGCGGGGGCAGACAUGUGCUUUAGUUAAGGGAGCAGCUGUAAGAGGACACACUGCUGUGGGACACUUCUGUCAACAAGACGUGAAAGUGCUACCUGCAUGAGUAGAAGCACGUCCACUUUGGGCUGAUCCAGGAAAACGUUGCUACUGUGAUCUUGAAUCAGGUAGGACCGUUUGGCUUUACUGCAAAGCAAGAGCAGGUUUUUCCAUGACGACAGUUAAAAAUAACUCCCAGCAGGAAAGUGUUUUGCUUUGACCACCGCUUGUACAUGUGCACUUUUGUCUUGAACAGCACAUUUUCUGUGUAUUUAUAUUUACAGCAUUAUAUUUUCUGGUUAGUUUUUUAGUUUUUGCUGAUAAGCUACGUCUAUGAUGCUCAGCCCCAACAAAUAAUUCAGGCUUCAAUUCUAUAAAAAGUCUAAAUUACAGUA